CACGAAGAUGACGAGAAUACCGCGGCGCUCGUCGCCUAUGCGGAUGCGUCAUGGGCCGACCAGGAGAACGCCAGGAGCACCGGUGGCUUCGUCAUCCAGAUGGAUGGAUGCCCGAUCGCGUGGUCGAGCAGAACGCAGUCGAUUGUGGCCCUGAGUAGCACAGAAUCAGAGUACAUCGCUGCAAGUGACUGCACUCGUGAGCUGCUGUACCUGAUGCAAGUGAUGGAGGGGCUGGGCUUCAGGGUGCCACCCACAGUCCUGUAUGGCGACAACGAUGGUUGCAUACAGAACAUCAAGAACCAUCAGGCCUCAAAGAAGACGAGGCAUGUUGCUAUCAAGUACCAUCAUGUGCGCACACUUACCAGGACGGGAAGAUAAGGCCCGAGUACGUGCCGUCGAAGGAGAAUGUUGCUGAUCUCCUGACGAAGUCGCUCCCUGCCUCACAGCACGCGAAGUUCACGUGCAUGGUGACGAGAGGAGCCGACGCCAUCACUCUCAGCAACGAUGGGCUGACGACAGAACCUGAAAGGCAGAAGAGAAAGCGUCAGACAUCAAAGAGUGAUAGCACAAAGAGGCGCAAGGUGGACUAGGGAAGCAGAGAGUCCCACAGUGCUGUGUAGUGUGUGUGACUGACCCAUCGAGUGGGAGAUAGACACACGAGGCACCGCUCCUGCUUCCAGAUGGAACCGUUCAUUGGUGGGUUGGCUCGGUUGCCGUCCUCCGACUGUCCAACAGCCGCACACGAAUGGAAGAGCGAGCCAGAAUCCAACCCCUGGGUUUGGGGUCCAGGGUUUGGCCUAGGGCUCCGAGAUUCCUAGCGCUGUGUGCGAAGAGGGGUGUUGCGGAAUGUGUACGCCCACAGCUGGACAGAGGCGUCUGUACACGGAGCGCAUGUAGGCCCGUGGCCUAAGUAGAUCCAUAGAUCUGCCCAAUCAGAGUCAGGGCGAUCACUGCUUCACGUGCAAAAGACUCUUGCGUGUUCCGUGAAGGCUCCUUGUGCUUGGUGUGCGUUAGCCGAUAUCUCGCUUGACCACUGCGUUACGCAACUACAUCG